CACAGGAUGGCUGACAGCGACGCCCCCCCCCGGCCGCCCACCUUCCAGAGGGCCCUCAUAUCCGGCGCCAUCUCGGGCCUCUCCGUAGACUUCAUGUUCUUCCCUCUCGACACAGUCAAGACAAGAAUACAGUCUUCAGCAGGCUUCUGGAGCUCGGGCGGAUUCAAGGGCGUCUACCGGGGUGUAGGCAGUGUCGGUCUCGGCAGUGCGCCUGGAGCGUCUGCCUUCUUCGUCACGUACGAGGCCCUUAAAAAGCGACUGCCCAAGUAUCAAGUGUUUGCCAACAACUCUUCUUUGACGCAUAUGGUAGCUGCUUCUGGAGCAGAAUACGUCUCAUGUCUCAUUCGAGUCCCUACAGAGGUUGUCAAGUCUCGUACGCAAGCCGGAGCAUAUGGUCAGGGCAAGAGCAGUCUCCAUUCGGCCAUCAGCACCAUGAAAUAUGAAGGUAUCAGAGGGUUCUAUCGCGGGUUCGGCAUCACACUCACCCGAGAAAUACCCUUUACUUCUAUCCAGUUCCCUUUAUACGAGUUCUUCAAAUCCUUUCUUUCCCAGCACUACCUCGGCGGUAAACGGCCUACCUCUUACGAAGCGGCUUUGUGCGGAUCUCUUGCUGGCGGCAUAGCAGCUGCCUGUACAACCCCGUUGGAUGUCGUAAAGACCCGAGUCAUGCUCGAAGCCAGAGUCUCGGCAUCGGCGUCUGGCGCCAAUGUUGUCAACGACGUCCUCCCUCCCAAACAACCGUCACCGUCAGUUCUCUCCUUCCCUCCCCGUCUCCUCAACAUCCUCCGCACAGAAGGUCCCGCAGCCCUCUUCAAAGGAUGGGUGCCUAGAACAUUUGCCAUCUCCAUGGGAGGUGCAGUCUUUUUGGGUAUUUAUGAUUUGGCAAGCAAUUUCGGGAUCAAAGACGAAAAAGAAGAUAAAGUGGCUUAGAGAAGAUUGCAUAGAACAGCAUACAUUGCAUUGGAUAUCUAUUUUUUUUGGGUCCAUCUCGGAUUUUUAGUUGGCAAAAGCCUGCAAGCCAGUAAUCGCCUUGCCAAGGAUGAGAGCUGCGAAAGCCAGUUGUUGGCACGACAUUAGUGACUUCAGGUACAAGGCCAGUAGGCCAAAUCUCACCAUGAAUAUCCUGCACAAUAAAAUUUAGCAUCUUCUCAUGA